UUUUGGAAAUUUCUCCACACUUGUAACUCAUUGUACUGUCCAGGACAAAGUGGUUUUUGAAGCUAUGAGAGUAAUACAUCCAAGCAUGGCUGAGUACUGUUUGGAAGAGCUGACUGCAACCCAUGGUAUAUCAAAAGCAGAGAUCACCAAUCUCCUGUUGACCACAGAUACAUUCUAUGAUUGUCUUCAAGGGAAAGAUAAACUUCUACAAGAUGUCCACACCAUGCUGGUGAAAAGAUGUUACUCAUCUGAAAGUGAGGAAACCCAUUUCUCUCCACUCAUCCAAGCUAUUAUCAAGGAGACGCCAGGAUCUGAAGAAACAGUUCUGUACAAUGCAGCUAAACGCUAUGAUAAAAAUGCAAUAAUUGCUCAGCUUCUUGCCAGAUACCACUACCUGAAGAAAAAGGAUUUCAGAGAAGCAAAAGACUGGGCACGAAAAGCCAAAGAGCUUGAUAGAGAUAGCUCAUAUAUAGCUGACACUUCUGCACAAGUCAUCAAGCAUGAAUUAAGGCAUGCCAUGGGGACUAAUCCAGAUUAUCCUAUUAAACCUGACCAUUUGACAGACUAUCUGAAAAUGGCUUGCUGUGCCACAGAUGCUUUCAAAGAAACUCAAGCAAUUGCAAAGAAAGAGGUUGCUCUGCGAUCUCAAAGUAAAGGAGACCGCAGUCCCUACAAUAUUGCUGGACGUCUUGGAGAAAUUCAAGUGGCUGUGAUGGUCAUGGAAGUCCUGGAAAAAAUUCCAGUGUUUUCCCAUGCUAAACUUCGCCGAAGUAUAUUAAGUCAGGUCCUCUCAGGUAACAUACCUAUUCAAACUGUUGCCAGCAAAGAUUGCGUGAAACACAAGCAUGAAUCUUACUACCAUGCCCUUCUGCCCUUUGAACCAUUUUUGCACAACAUCAAGGACAACUUGAGGAGGCAAUUUGAUUUCCUUGACAACUUCUUUAUCAACCUUCAGCCCUGGUUCUCACGGAAGGAUGUAAAAGAAGAGAGAACAAGAAAGGAGCUCUUCAGGACUUUUGAGAAAUAUGCCGACCUCUUUUGCAGAACAGAUCCACAAGAGCUUAUGGGAAAAAAGACCUUACCAGCCUUGUUCAGGAUCAGGCAGAUCCUGGAAAUGAACAAAGCAGAUACACAUGUUGGCAUACUGGAAUGUCUCACAGUAAAUAAUACUGGCCCUAAAGUGGAAAUGAUAGUCCAACAAUAUAGGACAAUGUACACAAACAAGCAUGUUAAUUUGAGAGAUGUUGUCAACUACAUUUAUGCCAAUUUAGUCCUUGCUUGUGUCUGGCCACAGUCUCGGUUCCUUGUGUCCUAUGCUGACAUUCUGCAGAUGAUGAGGGAGGUUCUUUUACAGCAGGUGCCACAACACACUGACUCAUUAGGAGUGCAUUUCAUUGCUACUGUUAUUCUGUGGCCAGAGAACCACCCUCUGUUCCCUGCAAAACUUUCAGAGAGGUUAAGAACCUGCUUGUCGCAACUUAAGAACACUUUCAGAAAUGAAAUGCAAUCGAUGGAACAUGGCAAGAGACCUGUUGUCCACUUCUACUUGGGACAGAAGCAAGGCUAUGAUCGCUUGAUCAGCCAUGCAGUCCUUGACAAGCUUGGGAGUCAUGAAAAGUUUGACAAUGGACAAAUCUGGAGGGAGGAAAGAGUCAGAAGGAUCCUACAGAGAGUUAAUGGAGUGGUCCAGAGGAAUUGCAUUUUGGCACACACCUGUAAUCCAAAUGUCAAAGUCGAGGUUCGUCCCCAAUACAUGAGUCAUUUAAAGGGCAGGGAAUGCAACCCAGUCUCUUUCUAUGUCGGGUUUACUAUGAAAGGCCCUGUUGCUUUUGACAUUCAGUUAGUACAUUGUCAUGUUAGUGGAAAUUAAAAUGGAUCUCACCACCAUUUGCAACAAAUAGCCAACUAAACAUGACUAUUCUGCCCAGUUUUCAGAUCAUGUACAAGAUUGAGUAUAAACAUUCCAUGACCUAACAGUGGCAUUCAGACUUCAAUCAAACCACUUGAAAAACAUGCAAAAACUGUAAAUGCAACAGAACCAUUGCCACUGAUAAAAUGCUUGCUAACUCAUGCAAUUUGGUGAUCUAUGAGAUUAGGUGUUGUUUUAUUUCUUUUCCUAGGGUGGUACGCGUACCAGUACACUAAACCGAUCUUAAAGCAUGCAACAAGCUGACCGGUUAUGCCUCUGUCUAUUGUCAGCUCUCUUAAUUCAAAAUGUUUUUCACUCUUGACCUUGGCCUGUCUUGUGAGAUGUUUUUUUUUGUUUGUUUGUUUCUUUCUUUUUUUGUUUUAAAUAUUUUAUUUACCUCUGCCAAGGAGGUAUACUGUAUGUUUUCAUCGGGGACAGGCACUUUGAUGUUUGAUGGUUUGUUUAUUUGUUUGUCUGUCUAGCCUACCAUCAACCUAGGGAUAACAAUACAGGCGGAGGUCUGCGGUCUCUGAGUGCUUUUCUAGUUAUUCAUUUGUUUGUUUAUGGGUUACAAAAACUUACUGCGAUUGAAACAGCCUCAUUACAUGACAUUACAUUACAUGUGUUCUACUUUCUCUUUGUAUACAUACUGUUGAUUGCAUUAUGACAUUUCAAGAAAAUUGCACAAGACCAUGCCUUAUGCACCAAUGGUGUGUCAUAUCUUGCUACUCUGUAACAAUAUUUUAACUCUCGAUACAGUUCAUGGCAUUACACAACUGUUGGAUAUGUUUAUGGCAUAUUGCACUGACCAUGAAAGGCAAACAACACCAUUGGCACUGAAAAAAUGCUUGCUAACUCAUGCUACUUGAUGAGAUUAUUUGUUUUAUUUUAGUCCAACCUGGACAUGUACCGUCCCUGUGCACAAAGGCCAGCAAGCUUAAAACAUGCAACAAGCUCACUGUCUAUGCCUCUAUCUAUUGACAGUUCUCUUACAGUAAUUCAAAAUUCUUGAUUCUGAAAAGAUUGCUUUAGUAGUGUUAAGUGUUGUCACACUUAUGUUUUUACUCCUUGGCCUGUAUGUUCAUUUUCUAAUUGGAUGUUUUGAAUAUUGUUGAUGUGUUUGGUUUGUUCUUUUUUGUUCUAAUCAUUUGUUAACAUGUUUGUUUAUAGGUUGCACUAUAUGAAUAGUCUUACUUACUGACUGUGUUACUGCUAUUGAAACAGCCUUUUAUCUUUGUAUAAAUCUAUUGUUUAUUGCAUUAUGAUGAGACAAGAAAAUUUCACAAGACCAUGCAUUAUGCACUGAACACAUUCCAGCUUUAAUCAUACAUGUGAUGCAUUAUUUUCAUUCCAAGCACUUUUUAAUGGCACUGACUUUUAUAUAAUGGUGCUGACUUUCCUAUAGACUUGUUGAUACUAUUCAUCAACAUUUUACCUGAGUGUUUUAAAAUAUAAUGUUCUGUCUUAUCUUGCCAUUAUGUAACUUUAUUUGAACUGUGAUACAACAUUUCAUGGCAUCACACGACUAUGAGUGUUUUAAAAGAUAAAACCCAAUGGUCUGUCCUACCUUGCUAUAUUCUGUAACUUUCUUUUAACUCUCAAUAGAGUUCAUGGCGUUACUCAACUGUUGUAUAUUUUAAUGUUAUAUUGCACUGACCAUGAAAGGCAAACAACACAAUUGGCACUGAUAAAAUGCUUGCUAAUUCAUGUAAGUUGGUGAGCUCACUGGCUAUGCCACAGUCUAUUGACAGUUCUCUUAAUUCAAAAUUCUUGAUUGUGAAAAGAUUGCUUUAGUGGUGUUAAGUGUUGCCACACUUAUGUUUUUUCACUCCUUGGCACAGUAUUUUCAUUUUCUAAUGGGCUGAUUUGAAUAUUGUUUGUUUGUUUCUUUUUUUGUUUUAAUUAUUUGUUCAUUUAUUUGUUUACUUGUUUCACUCUGCGAAAAAAGAGCUAUGAAUAGACUUUACUUACUAUGUUACUUCUAUGGAAACAGCUUUUUCUCUUUGUAUAAAAUUGCAUUAUGAUGUGACAAGAAAAUUGCACAAGAUCAUGACUUUUAUAUAAUGGCGCUGACUUUUCUAUAGACUUUACUAUACUAUUCUCAACAUUUUACCUGAGUGUUUUAUAAUGUAACCAAAGUUCUGUAUUAUCUUGCCAUUCUGUAACUUUCGUUUAACUCUUGAUACAGUUCAUGGCAUUUCACACAUGUUGUAUAUGUUAAUGUCAUACUGCACUGACCAUGAAAGGCAAAAAAAAGAAAUAAAUUGAUUUUAACACA